UCAACCUCUCCGAGUUGUAACAUCCAUAAAAAUGAAGAUAUCUUUCUUUCUUUUCAUCCUACUCUCCACACUCUCACUUUCUUCAGCCCAAUCUCCAUCCGCUGUCCUUGACAUCAACCGAAACUUCCUUCGAUCAUAUCAAAGCUACUAUAUCUUGCCCGUUUUUCGCGGAAGGGGAGGUGGCAUAACCCUAACCCCCACAACGAGCAACCAAACAUGCCCACUUGAUGUGGCCCAAGAAAACAAUGAACUGAGAAACGGGUUACCGUUGACUUUCGUACCAGCCAUCGGUAACAGAGACGGCAUCAUUCGUGAAUCCACUGAUCUUAACAUUAAGUUUUCGGGUGGUACAACUUGCGGCCAGCCUGCGGUUUGGAGGCUUGAGGUUGUGAACGGGCAACGGGUGGUGUCGAGCCGUGGGAGCGUAGGGAAUCCUGGCUUGGAAACCAUAAGCAACUGGUUCAAGAUAGUAAAGUAUGGUGGCAUUGGUUAUAAGCUUGUUUUCUGCCCUGGGGUGUGCAACACUUGCAAGCCAUUUUGUGGUGAUAUAGGUUCUAGGAUCGCUAAAAAUGGACGUAGAAGUCUGGUUGUGAGUAACGAUCAGCCUCUUGUGGUCAUGUUCAAGAGGGUGUGAUGACUACAUGCCCCAUCAUGAAUGGUUAAAAUACCUGUUUUUUCUUAAGUACAUGUAAUAAUGACAGGUCUCUUGUGUCCUAAAUGUUAUAAAAAGAUCAAUAAAACAUAACUAUAUUAUACA